AUGGUAGACUUCUACAAGUCUGGUUCAUCCUUGGGACCAAUUUCCCUGAAGGACCCUGAACAAGGACAUGGGCCAGAACAGGACAUCCCUGAUGAGACAUUUUCAUUUGUGCCACUGGACGAAAGCCAUGGACAGCAAAGACGUGACGUACACAACAGUACCUCCAGCGAGCGCCCAGGUGAGGAGGCUACGACUGUUCUCAGUUUAACGAUAGAGGAGAUAGGGAAGAAGGCCCAGGAUCUGAUAGAGCGAAUCAACCAGAGCCGAGCCAUGGACCAGGAAAUCAUGACCACCUUCGAGAACAAGUUAAUGAAUAAGGUGAGUGAGGUGUGCCAGCAGGUGAAGGAGCAGAUGUUCAGCAGCUAUGAGGAACAUGGCCGUGGGAUGGAGGCCAAUCUGCAGGAGCUGUCUGAGGUUCUGGAGAGGUGCAGUCAGCUCAGUAUGGAGCUGCAGGGAGCCAGCCAGACCUUAUCAGCCAUUAACAACAGCCUGCAGCGGACAGCUAAGAACUGACAUCUACCCAGCCAUUAAUUUAUUUGAACUGUCUUAUAGCAUCCCGACUUCGGGGAGGUCUGGAAUAAUUAAAGCAAUGCCUUGUUUGUUUGACUGUGGUAUGUCAAAUAUAACAUAAAACAGUGGUUGUAAACUGAGUGGGUGUU